AUGAUUCGAUCCAACAUCGUGAUGAUGAGAACUGGUGUCAGGACAGUAGACGUCCAGGCCGUCGAAGGGAUGGUGGCACAAUUCCCCUGCGACCUUGGAACGGCAGCCAAUGAUAAAGUCUACAUGGUAUUCUGGUUCAGAGAUGAUGCUGGAAUACCACUGUACAGCUUCGACGUCCGCGGGAAGCCAUUGUCAGAAGCCCGACAUUGGUCCGCUCCGGAAGUGUUCGGUCCUCGAGCCCACUUCUCCACCUCCCCCGCCCCGGCGGCGCUGCUGGUCCGGGACGUGAAGCGCCGCGACGAGGGCGUCUACAGGUGCCGGGUGGAUUUCCGCAACACGCAGACCACUAGUUUCCGCUACAAUCUUACUGUUGUCGGUCUGACGGAAUUUCCAAUCAAUGUUGGGUACAUUCUUAGCGCGGCGCCGUGUCAUCCAAACUAA